AUGUACACGGCUGCAAACACUACGUACAACUUUGAUACCCCAUUGUGCUCUACGGGAGAUUGUCAAUGGCCUACAUUUGGAUCUCUUGCACACAGGAAUAAUGCUGCUGGCAGAACUCUACGGCCAACAAGUUGCAGCCUUGGAAUUGGGGACCCGAGUGGGAAUUUGGCUAAUUCGUCAAAUAUUUGGCUCUCAACUUCUGACAACACAGGAUGGUCGGAGGUGUACUCAUUCAGCAAUGAGUCCUUUGCAGAUAAUGCGCUUAAUGCAGUGCAAGUCGUCUACCUAGACUCUUCGGACGAGACAUAUUACAACGCCUCGCAAGGGCUGCCCAAUUCAACUGUCCUCCUGCAGCAUUCGCGUGCCGUUGAAGUUCUGUUUUAUCUCUGUGCGCAAACCUACGACGUAUCAACAACCAAUGGAACUGCUGUUACGAAAAUCAAUACAACCCUUAACACUGUUAAUGACACGCAAAAUGUUUUGGUUACGUCUGAUAACAUCCACUAUACUCCUUACACAAACUAUCCUUUCAUUCUGGAUGGUCAGAAUUAUAGCUACUAUGCUAUCAACUUCAAUAUGGGGGAGAUGAUCAACUAUUUCGCCACUGGUUACUACAACUACGAUGUGAUCAAUGGUGGGCUGGACGUCAUGACUCCUUUCAAUUAUGCCGUGGGCAAUAUUCUUUACCACAACACCAAUAUCAACAGGAAUUCAAGCGUUGGAAGAGAUGGAUAG